AUGCCAGAACCAAUUAAAUCCUCACCACAAUAUACAAAUUCGCAGUUCAUUUAUAAUGAGCAACCAAAGAAACAGGAAACCGGGCUCAGACCAACGCUCGAUUCACGGUUUUCCGUUCCCCCCGCCCCGGAAUUCGCUCAAGAUAUUGAAGAAACACGACAGCAGCGGCUAGUGUUAAAUAGAUUCAACCUGUACGAGACAAAGACAAAUUAUUAUAUGAUUGGCUCAAACCAAAGUGACAAUCGGUUUCGCGUACUGAAAAUUGAUCGAACUUCAUUAACAGAACUCAAUGUCAUUGACCACGAAGCGAUUUAUUCGAAACAAGAGAUCAAUGAUAUUUUAUCAGUGCUUAAGGAGGGAAAUAAGUAUGCCGGAGGUUUGAAACGCGUGUUAACUGCUGAUGGAAUUGUUGGUUUUAUCAGAUUUACCGAGGGAUAUUAUAUAUCAUUGGUGACGAAAAGUAGCCCGGUCGCUUUGAUUGGUGGACAUUAUAUUUAUCAGAUUGACGAGACAGAGUUGUUGAGCAUUAGUCCACAAAAUAAACCAGAAAAGAAUUCUGAUGAGCAAAGAUACAUCAAUACAUUCAAGAAUGUCGAUUUGACAAAAAACUUUUACUUUAGUUAUACAUAUGACAUCACACAUACUCUACAACAUAACAUGAUCAGAACCCCGAACCGUUCCACUUUCUCGUAUAAUGAAAUGUUUGUCUGGAAUCAUUAUCUGCUCGAUACCGGGUUCAGAUCAUUGAAAAAUAAUUCUGAUUGGAUAUUACCGAUUAUUCAUGGGUUCGUGGAUCAGUCAAAAAUAUCGAUUUUUGGUCGUAAUAUAUUUGUGACAUUGAUAGCACGUCGAUCAAGAUACUUUGCCGGUGCAAGAUUCUUGAAGAGAGGUGUAAAUGACCAAGGCUAUGUAGCAAACGAUGUGGAAACAGAACAAAUAGUUUCGGACAUGAGCACAACUUCGUUUCAUUUUUCUGGCACUCAAUUGUUUGAUAAUCCACACUACACGUCAUAUGUACAGCAUCGAGGAUCAAUACCGUUGUUUUGGUCGCAGGAUGCUACUAAUAUGGUGCCGAAGCCGCCUAUUCAUAUGAACUUUAACGAUCCAUUUUUUGUUGCGGCUGCUCUACAUUUUGAUAAUAUGUUUAAAAGAUAUGGCGCACCAAUAAUUGUAUUGAAUCUAAUAAAAAAGACAAAAGAGAAAAACAAACGCGAGGCCAUAUUAGGCGAAGAGUUUGUACAAUGUGUGGAUUAUUUGGCCCAAUUUCUUCCCGAAAAGUCUAUUGUUUAUAAAGCGUGGGAUAUGUCAAAAGCAAAAAAAAGUGCUGAAGAUGUACUGGGACAUUUGGAAAAUUUUGCUGAAGAAUUUAUAGCAGAUACUGGAUUUUUUCAUAGUGGACCAGAACCUUACAUAAAUGUUUUAAGAAGAGAGGAAAGUGAAAAGAAACCACAAAUUCGACGAAAAAAACUUCGUCAGAAUGGAGUCGUACGUACAAAUUGUAUCGAUUGUUUGGAUAGAACAAAUGCAGCGCAAAUGAUGAUUGGAAAAGUAGCAUUAGGACAUCAGUUGUAUGCUUUGGGAGUCAUUAAGCAUCCCUUCGUUCCGGUCGACUCUGAUGUGGUUGAUAUACUUAAUCUUAUGUAUCAUCAUCAUGGUGAUGCGAUUGCAUUCCAAUAUAGUGGGUCGAACUUGGUAAAUACUUUGGCCGCAUAUCGUCAUAUUAACCAUUGGCAAAGUCAUUCACGAGAUAUAGUUGAGAAUUUGAGACGAUAUUAUAGUAAUACGUUUACUGACAAUGAAAAGCAAGAAGCUAUCAAUUUAUUUUUGGGUAAUUUUAUUCCGCAAAAAGAUCGCACGGCUCUUUGGGCAUUACAGAAUGAUUAUUAUUUGCACAAUGAUGAUCCGAGAGUCAGACGAUCGAAAAGGAGUUAUAUUAAUUGGUGGACCAAAGAUGCAUUGAUUCCACGUGAGGACAAUGUAUUCGAUGAGACGCGAUACCAACUUGUACCCAGACUAGCACGUCAAUAUGAUGAUGAAGGAGACGCAUAUGGUGGAUACUGGAUUGAAUAUUAUAAACCGAGAUUAUUCACCGGUUUUGAUGAUUUAUUUGCUCUUAAAAUGGAAAGUACGACCAAAUUUUUACCACCAAAAGCAAACACUGAAACGUAUGAUUUUAGCCCAUUUACAGUAAGAUCAACACAAGCGGCCAGGAUCUUGAAAACGAAACAACCUGACGAAAAGGAUAAUGAGAGAGAGAAACAGAAAAAGGAUAAAAAAGUUGUAUCAAUGAUGGAUGGAUUGGUGGCCAAAAGCUUGGAUCCAUCGGUUUCUUCUAGUGAGGCUAAGGAAUAUAAAAGAUAUAUCAAUCAAUUUCGUAAUGUAACCCUCGCCUCAACACCAACUGGAGACGAUGACCCAUCACUUACAAUUCACACCGAAUACCAUCAUUACGCAAAUUAUACACGAUUAGCUGAAAGUGUCGAUCAGACAACCGAUCUACGUGUUAGUUCUGUCGACGAGCAACUCUAUGAGACCUACACUGAAAUGCCUAAGAAAGCAAUGAUGUUACAAGGGGUUGGUGCUCCGGGUGGUCAUCACUACUAUAGUGAUACUGCAAAGAAUCGAUAUCAAGCAUAUGAGAUUUGGUUGAAGACUGAAAUGAAAAUGUGCGUAAGACGAAAUUUGUACAGAAAAUUUAAGUCACGUCAUUUAGUUCAUAUAGCACAUUCGCAAGAGAAAUGA